UCAACCGAGUUUGCGUUGCAGGUGAGGCCACGAUGGUGACGCUGCGCAAGGAGAGCAGCCGGCAGCUGGGCCUCAAGCUGGGCGGCCGCCGCACGGAGCCGGGCAUCUUCGUGAUGGAGGUCCUGGACGGGUCCGUGGCCGCGCAGGACGGCCGCCUGCACCCGCACGACCGCAUCCUGGCCAUCAACGGCGUCGACGUCCGCUACGCGCGCCUCGACCACGCCUCGCGCCUCAUCCAGCAGACGCGGCACCACGUGAGCCUCGUGGUCAGCCGCGGCGCCGCCACCAGCGCCGUGGACUCGCCGGCGCCGCCGCCCGAGUACCAGCACCUGUUCCGGCGCCCCGACCCGGCGCUGCCCGUGCACCACUGGCGCACCAAGUCGGCGCCCGACCGCCUCGUGCCGCGCCUCGACGCCCACCACAAGGACAUCAACAAGAGCCUGGGCGACGUCACGGACAGCCUGGAGGACGUGGGCGGCAGCGUGGACGACGUGGGUCUGUCGGCGUCGUGCGAGUCGCUGGACGAGCGCGGGUCGUCGGCGCCGCACAGGGACGGCUCGCUGCGCCACUCGAACGGCUCGCUCAGCUCGCCGGGGGAGCCCUUCAGCGGCUCGCUGGGCUCGCUCAACGGCGUCGGGCCGCUCUACCGCAGCAACGGCUCGCUCGGCGACUCGCUCGGCUCGCCGCUCAACCAGAGCUCGGGCUCGCUGUCGUCGGCGCUGCGGGCGGAUGCGGGCGGCGCCAGGCACGACAUGGUGGACCCGCCCGCGCUGCCCCCGCGCCACCGCCACGCGCUGGCCCGCACGCGCUCCAGCGACCCCCUGGACGGCCUGGAGGGCGGCACCGACGGCUCGCGCGAGACGCUGCUCGAGCAGCCCAGCCUCGACGUCUCGCUGCAGAGCGGAGGCUCGGCCGUGUCGGGCGGACCCGCCGGCGACGCCCCCGACGGCUCCUGCGGCAGCCGCAUGCGGGGACGCCGCUCCAGGGAUUCCAGCGACAUGGCGGACCUCGUGCACGGCUUCCGCCGCUCGCUGCGCAUCGAGAGCGCGCAGCUGCACCAAAAGACGGUCACGAUAUCCAAGGGCGCGAACGAGAGCCUGGGCAUGCGCAUCGGAGGGGGCGUGUCCAGCAACGAGGGAGACACGCCCAUCUACAUCGCCAACAUCAACCCUCAGGGACCCGUGGGAAAGUCCAAGCAGGUGAAGAAGGGCGACGUGCUGCUGUCGGUGAACGGGCAGUCGCUGCUGGGGCUGACCCACGGGCAGGCCGUGGCGCUCCUGAAGGCGACGGCGGAGCUGGCGGGCGUGACCCUGUCGCUGCUGGAGGGCCCCGAGACGUCCCCGGGCACCGCCAACUUCGUGCCGUCGUGGCUGUACUGGCAGAAGCUGCCCCGCUCGCUGCACAUCUCCAAGAGCGUGGUGCUGCACCGCGCGCCGGGCGCCUCGCUGGGCUUCAGCAUCGUGGGCGGCUCCGACCCGCAGCGGGGGCCGGAGCCCAUCCACGUGCUGUUCGUGGUGCAGUCGUCGCCGGCGGCGGUGGACGGCAAGCUGCGCUGCGGCGACCGCCUGCUGUCGGUGGACGGCCACACGCUCGAGAUGGUGCGCCACGCGGCCGCCGUCAGCCUCCUCAAGCAGGCGGGCCAGAGGGUCCACCUCGAGGUCGUGUCCUGGCUCGGCACGGAGCUCUGAGGUCGCUGUCCAUCGCUGUGGCGCCCUGUCGUGCGAGGGCGGUCUCGAAGCUCAAACGGGAGUUGUGGCCUAAUUUCACUCUAGGAAUUUAUGUGAAUCACUAAAUGCCGCACAAAUUAGUUGCCUCGAGGCUUAAUAACGUCAAAUUAAACGCAUAUUAAAUAUGUAAUUCGGAAUAGCUCCCUCUGGUAUCACUCCGACGUUUGAAGCUGACAGACGACUCUCUGCUGCAGCGUCCUCGAGAACGGGGAGCCGCAGCUGCAUGUGGCGUCGUGCAGCUGCAAGUGGCGUCCGCGCCGAUUGCCAGAUGCUCUGCGGCCGAGGGAUGGAGGAGGGCUGACUUCUCGAGUGGUUCCUCGUGGCAGUGGUCACGCAAGGCCCCAACAUGGAAGCGCAAAGAGGCGGGAAAGGAGCGCUCUGUCUUCAGCCCCUCCCCCGCCCCGCCCUCCCGCCAGGUCUCCUCCGUCCGCCUGUCCGGUCUAGCGUCUCGUCGGCAGACCAUCGUCGUCUUCAGCAAGGAGGACAACGUCGGUUCCUUCACCUACCAGUAGCUGUGAUUUCGAUUUGGGUUCCUCUCCGCGAAGAACUAGUCUCUCGUCUUAGGGGUCGUUCAUGGUGGUGGGAGUAGUAGUCCUAAGUCCUGUUGCACCUCAGCAUUAUCUCUUACGAUCUGUCCAUGUAAAUAGUCGCAGUCCUAGAUGUCGACUUGAAAUCCUCCUGGAAUGAAAGAAGAAAAGGAGAAAGAGGGCAAGGAAAAAUCGCCCAUACUGGCGCUCCCUCGUUUUACAUUGCACAUAAACGACACUUUCUUUGUCUUUUUUCAGCUGUUGAGUUUUAUCUUUUUUUAGGUUUAGUUAAAUGUGAACUGAGAGUUGUGUGUUUUACUUCCUUGAUAAUAGUAUGACUUGUAGUUGCUCUGCUUGAUAGAAGGAAUUAAUUGACCUUUCAUUGUGCUUUUAUUUGGCAGCUGUUAGUUCUUGAGGGCGGCCUCAAAAGGCUCUGCAUAGAUGCUCACCAUGUUUAAAGAUGGGGAAAGAAAGCAAAAAAAUAUAUAUAUUGUAUUUUGUAAUCAUCUUAGUGCCAGUUUUAUAUUUAUAAAGGUUUGGCCAAGCAUUGUUCCUAACACGCGGAGCCGACGUAUAACGUGGCCGUCCAACCGUAUGCAGAAGAGAGCCCACGCACGUCCUCUUCGGGGUCGAGGUCCUCCUGGAUUCUCGAGGAGUGACAGGUGUGGUAUCGUUCAAGUGCCUUGUACCUCUCUCUUUAGAUGUUAUGAGAUCUGUUAUCAAUUAGAAAUUAGGUGAAAAUACGAAAAUAAGAAAAAAAAAUUGCUGGCUGAUUUGUUCCUACUUUUUUCAUUGGUUAUUAUAAAAUUUUCAGUGGUUUUGCCUCUUUGAUUCGGACGAUUUUCUCUUCUGUAGGCACUGCGAAAUUCCGAGAUGGCUUUUUUGUGAAUUUUACCCUCCUGGUUUUUAAUUUGCAUAUUUGAUGAUAAUCGGCAGCCAGUUGCAAUUUACAGGACUUUUUACAGAUUAAAAUAUUCACCACUGUGCAAAUUAUUUAUGGUCUGGAGUUGAAAUUAAUUCUCCGGGUAAUUUUGAUAUGGAGGUUACAAUUGUUUCCGCAAUAAUUGCAUUCUCCAUAAAAUGUUUGAAAAUGUCGAAGAGCCCAGAGGGAUCAUCGUGUGCCUAAACUCUCUUAAUCCUGGCAAAAUCCUUGUUACUUGUCGAAGGAAUAGCGCCUAUUACUCGUGUUAGAAUGUUAUUUCAACACCCCUUUUAUAUGGCCAGCAAAACUAGGCUUCAUCGGUUAACACUCUGCUCUCGGCUUCUGUGGCGGAGCGUUUUGGGCCUGCGGUGAGCGGCUCCUUCGAACACCUCGCUUCCGUUUCGAAGUCUUGACGAUUGAUCACGGUAAAUCGCGUUAUUCUGAUGUUCCUAAGGUGUGAAAGGAAGCACGAGAUGCUAGUAUGGCAACGAUGAAGUUUAGUCGGGCUGUCCACACUGUGUACCAACUUGUUGCAUAACCGACUGUCACUGUAGUUUUUUUGUUUUGUUUUUAAUCGGCUUUGUUAAGAUUAGUUGAUAAAAAGUAAAACUAUGAAAAUGUGUUGAAACGUAAUUAAAAAUUAUAAAAAAAAAAAUCUUAAUACCUUCCCCACAACUAGCCCGCUCUUGAAGUCUUGUGUGUGUGGCUGUUAGCUCUUUGUGGUUCCGUUAAAGGGUUAAAAUAAAGAGUCUAAUCAGGCCACGCUCACAGGUCCAAGAGGCCCUCUGACUGGCCAAUCAGUCAGACCGGGAAGGGCUCGGCGGGGUUAUUCUGGUAACUUGUAGAAUUGUGAAAUACUUGACUAGAGGUGAGAAUAAAGAUUCUUAACCGCAA